AUGGAGUUCGCCACGGGGGCGAUGAGCUCUCUCCUCCCCAAGCUGGGGGAGCUGCUCAUUGAGGAGUACAACCUGCAGAAGAGUGUGAAGCGGGGGGUCAAGGACCUCAGGGAGGAGCUCAUGGUGAUACAAGCAGCACUUGUGAAGGUGUCCAAUGUGCCACUGGAAGAUCUUGAUCCCGUGGUCAAGAUUUGGGCCAACGACGUCAGGGAGCUAUCAUUUGCCAUCGAGGACAGCCUCGACUCCUUCAUGGUGCGUUUGGUGGGUCUUGAUCCAACCAGGCCAAACACCUUCUUGGGGUUCAUCAAGGAGACUAAGAGCAAGGUCACCAAUCUCAAACUUCGCCGGGACAUAGCCAACAACAUCAAAGACGUCAAGAUCCAAGUUAAAGAGGUGAAGGAGAGGUACGGUAGAUACAAAGAUGUUAUCAGUGAUGUAAGUGUUGCAACAAAGGUUGAUCCCCGCCUCUUAACUCUGUACAACAAAGUAUCUAACCUUGUCGGCAUCGACGAGGCUAUCGACGAGCUAACAAAGAGGUUGUCCAAGAGCGAUGAUGUGGCCCAGCAACAGCUCAAGACUAUUUCUGUUGUUGGAUUAGGAGGACUGGGCAAGACAACUCUUGUUAAGGCAAUAUAUGACAAUCUUAAGAAGGAAUUUGAUUGUGGAAGUUUUGUUAUUGUCGGUCGGAAUCCCGACAACAAGAAAGUCUUCAGGGACAUCCUCCAUGAACUUGACAAGCAAAAGUAUAAGUAUAUCACUGAAUCAAAAAUGGAUGAAAGACAACUGAUCGACCAAUUGCAAGAAUUCCUCAUGGACAAGAGGUACCUAAUUGUGGUUGAUGACAUUUGGGAUGUACCAACAUGGGAAAUUAUUAAAUGUGCAUUGGUGGAUAGUAAUUCUGGAAGUAGAAUAAUCACAACUACUCGUAUUCAUGAAGUUGCCAAAAAAAUUGGUGGUGUUUACAAUAUAAAACCACUUUCUGAUGAUAACUCCAAAAAACUGUUCCAUAGAAGAAUAUUUGGUGGUGAAGGCAUAAGUCAUGAUGUUCACUUGGUCGAACUGUCAGAUAUUUUUUAUAGAAAAUGUGGUGGUGUGCCGUUGUCCAUCAUUACGUUAGCUAGCUUGCUUGUUAAUAAACGUAAAGAUGAAUGGCAUAAGGUGUUUGACUCUAUUGGUUUUGGUCAUGAAGAUAAUGAAGCUAUUCAGAACACAAGAAAAAUAGUGUCAUUUAGCUAUUAUGACCUACCUUUCCAUUUAAAGACUUGUUUGUUGCAUCUAAGCAUGUAUCCAGAAGACUAUUGGAUUGGAAAGAACUCAGUGAUAUGGAAAUGGGUGGCAGAAGGUUUUAUACCUAUUAAACAAGGGAUUGGCGCAUUUGAGCUGGGACAAAGCUACUAUAAUGAUCUUAUAAAUAGAAGUAUGAUCCAGUCCAUAAAGCCAGACAACAUACACAUGCUUGAUUGUUGUCGUGUUCAUGAAAUUGUGCUCGAUCUCAUCCGCACCCUAUCAGGCGAAGUAAACUUUGUUACAACAAUAGAUAAGAUGCAACAGAACACAUGUUCACUCAACGCAAGAAGCAUUGCUCGCAGAUUAGCCAUCCAUGAUGGAACUGCCAAUCAUAGCAAUAUGGGACAUGUUAGGUCAUUUAAUGCUAUCUAUUUUUCUGAUGGUGUUCUUCCCCCUCUUUUGAGUUUUAAAGUAUUAAGAGUACUAGUCCUCGAGAAUUGUGAUUUUCCCAUAGGAAGUUAUCAUUUGGAGCAUCUUGCGAAGUUGGUUCAGUUGAGGUAUGUAGGACUGGCAGGCACACAUGUUACCGAGCUCCCAUGUGACUUAGGGCAUCAUCUCAAGUUAUUGCAGACACUAAAUACAGAGUGGACAGGCAUAAAAGAAUUACCUUCGUCUAUCGGUGAGCUAACCAAGCUGAUGUGUCUGCGUGCUUCUAAGGGCACAAGGAUGAUGGGAAGGAUAGGGAAGCUGAAAUCCCUAGAAGAGUUGGUGCUACACCAUGUGGACAAGUCCCCGGACUUCACCAUGGAGUUGGGAAAGCUGGCACAACUGAGAAUGCUUGAAAUCCAUGUUGAUGAAAUGGACAAGUGUAUGCUUAGGGACCUCAUCAAGUCUGUGUGCAACCUGUGUAGAAUCCAGACUCUCAAGAUCAAGUCUAAACUGUUUGAGACAGUUGCAGCUGAUGGCUGGGAAGAGUGGGCUCCCCCUUUAGAGAUCCGUCAGUUGGCACUGCGUUGCAUGACUUUACCCAGGCGUCCAUCGUGGAUGAAUUCAACUUGUGUUCCGCACAUUUCCUACCUAUGCUUCAAAGUGAAAAUGUUGGAAGCACGGGAUCUGCCGAUCCUCGGGAGGAUGUCUUCACUCCGUUUCCUCCACUUAUCAAAUCAAAUCAAUGACACCCUAUCAUAUACUGUUGGUUGCCAUGAGUUCCUGAGCCUGACAUAUCUCAUGGUAGACAUAGAGAUCGUUUGUGGAGAGGGAUCAUUGCCGAUGCUUGAAGAAUUGAGAUGCUAUGCUAGCGUGGGAAAUGACGUAGGCUUGGCAGGAAAUAUGCCGUUUCUCAAGGAAGUUACCUACACACUCCACUAUGAGAACAUCUGUAGUAUUGAGGAGCUAGAAGCAGCGGAGGCAGCCAGAAGGCACGCCGCAGAGAGCCACCCCAACCGUCCCAAGCUCAAAAUAACAUCCUACCUCAAGUAUGCCGAAGAUGAAUAUGAAGGAUCUGAGGAGGAGGUUUCAGUUACUGACCAAGAGUGGAACGAUGAUGUGGUGGACCAGACAUCUGAUGCCACUGUAGAGGAGGAUGCGAUGGUUACGGCGAGUAAACCAGGAACCUUUUUCCUUUCCUUCAAUCAUGCUUAA